UUAUAAAAAAAAAUCACUUAUCCACAGGUUGCAAUUUCCACCUGCUUCCUCUUCCUCCUUAUAUAAGUUCCAGUAGUUCUGUUCCAAAUUCCUGUCUUUUGUGCGUUACGUCCUGUGUUUUUAGCUUUAGUAUCAGAAAAAUUGUUAAAUUAAUUAACACAAAAUGGCAGCAAAUGAUGUACCAUGCUGUGAAACCAUGUUUUGGGUAUACUUAGUAAUCAGUGUGUCACUUGUGUGUUUUGCUGGACUUAUGUCUGGACUAACACUGGGACUCAUGUCCCUUAGCCUUAUGGAUCUUGAAGUCCUCAUUAAGGCUGGUCAGCCAAAUGAUCGCAAAAACGCAGAGAAAAUUCUGCCCAUUGUAAAGAAUCAGCACUUGCUCCUUUGUACCCUUCUAAUAUGUAAUGCCAUGGCCAUGGAGGCUCUUCCAAUAUUUCUAGAUGCUCUACUUCCUGCAUGGGGUGCUAUACUGAUAUCAGUCACCCUCAUACUAGCCUUUGGAGAGAUUAUUCCUCAGGCAGUCUGUUCUCGCUAUGGACUGAGCAUUGGUGCAAGAUUGUCACCUUUGGUUCGUUUGCUUGUCAUAAUUGUCUUCCCUUUAUCUUAUCCCAUCAGUAAGUUGUUGGAUCGACUCCUGGGUAAAGGGCACUCAGCACUUCUACGCCGUGCAGAGCUGAAAACCUUAGUAAAUAUGCAUGGUAAUGAGGCAGGGAAAGGCGGAGAGUUGAGCCACGACGAAACUACCAUAAUUGCUGGAGCAUUGGACCUAGCACAGAAAAUGGUUAAAGAUGCAAUGACCCCCAUGUCCAGAGUAUUUUCUCUUGAUCUUCAUUCUAAACUUACCGAUGAGAUGAUGAAUCUGAUUAUAAGUAAAGGCCACAGUCGCGUACCUGUAUACUCUGGCAGUCCAACGAACAUUGUAGGACUAAUCUUAGUGAAGAAUUUGAUAAAAUAUCAUCCUGAAGAUGAGGUGCCAAUCAAAGAUCUCAGUAUAAGGAGUAUGCCAGAGGUCCCAGAUUCUUUACCAUUAUAUGAUCUUCUGAACCAGUUCCAGAAAGGGAACAGCCAUAUGGCUGUAGUGGUAAAGAGUAGUAGGAAUACUAAGGAAGCUGCAGAAAAUGCCACUGCUAAACACGAUAUAAUCAAGAUAAACAUCCUUCCCCAUCCAAAUCAAGAACCUGCAGUUGAAAAGGGAGAAGAAGCAAUUGGUAUCAUUACAAUGGAAGAUGUUCUUGAACAACUUCUGCAGGAACCAAUAUACGAUGAGACUGAUGAUUAUGUUGAUGUUCACAACAAAAUUAGAAUAAAUAUUCCUCCCUCAAUGAUAUUUUCGCCUAGAAGAUCUCCAGGAGCAGUGGCGUCAGGGGUUUCUAAACUGAAGUGGCAAAGUCCAAUAGCAUCUCCAGUUUCAAGUAUUCAUCAGACACAAAUAUCUUAUCAACAAAGUCCAAUGUUGCGGUCACCUGUUUCCCCAUAUAUGCAGUCACCAACUGUAGUAUCUGUUUCCCCGGGGCAUUUAAUAAACUCGAAUUCUCCAAGCAGAUUUGCGCGCACCUCUCCAUCAUCUAAUAAGGUCUCUACCAAGUCUUAUGAGAAGUUGGAAAAGCACGGUAGUUAGUACUUGCUGAAGUUUGAGGACACUCUGCGGUCUAAGUUUCUCAGCCAACAAAGUUGAGAUGAAUUUAUCUUUUGGCUGGCAAUCAGAAAUCCUAAUGAACUCAACAUUUGAAAUACCAGUGAAAUUUUUUAUUUCAGAAGUAUUUCAAGUCAUAUGAAAAAAUGGAAUUUUGACUUAUAAUAAUCUUCAAGUUUUUUUUCAUGGAA